UAAAGAGUGUGAUAUGGUUUGCCCCAGUACCCCUAGUCUGUUAGAACACAUGAAGGCUCACUACCAGCAAGAAGAGAAUGGCAGGUUUGAGUGUGAGCAAUGUGGCCGCAUCUAUAAGCAUGCUGGCAGCCUGGCCAACCAUAAGAAAUCCCAUGAAGUGGGUUCCUUUCAGUGCCCAGUCUGCACCAGAACCCUUCCCAAUGCUGUGGCUCUGAAGAACCACCUCCGUAUCCACACCCUAUCCCCAAGCAGUGCCCAGGCAGAGGAAGACGGCGGUGACGAAGGCGCUGAAGACGGCCAUGAUGAGAGGAACUAUGGUCUUGCACAGGAUCUGUCCGAUGGCUUUGCCCGUAGUCACCUGAACAACAGUGGAAUGGUUCAUGGCGUGAUGUCACAUGACCCAGAUGAUCAUAAGAAGUCACCUGUAACUGAUGAUGCCUGGGAUCGUCCAUUCAAAUGUGAUCAGUGUGAUAGGACCUACCGCCACCAUGGCAGCCUGGUUAAUCACAAGAAAUGUCACCAGGAGGGGGCGUUCAAGUGCACCGUCUGUUACAAGCAGUUCAACAACCUGGCUGCUCUCAGCGGCCAUGAGCGAACCCACUCAAAGUUUAAGACUCCUGGAGCAUCGAUGGUUAACAACAACAUACAUGAUUCUGUGACUGAUCAGCGUUUGUCUGCGCCCCAAACCGAUGAUGCAGCUAAUUGCUUCUGCCACCUGUGCCAGGUAGCCUUGCCCAACAAGAGUGACUUCCAGGAGCACAUCCUGUUGCAUAAUGCAGCCUCCUCUUCACUGGGUCUUGCCCGUAGUUUCCCUGGGAUAAUGCCGCACAAUCUCAGCGCUGUCCGUUCCCCAGCGUACACACCUGCCCUCGGUGACCCUCUGCCGCUUCCUCCUUUGCCAAAUGAUAAACGUGGCCCCUUUGACCCAAUGCUUGGACCUCCUGUCAAUAACCCCAUUUACACUUGUGCAUACUGUGGGGCUGGGCAUCCUGAUCUGGAGAGCCUCAAAGUUCAUUACCUGACCCAUGACCCCCACCCAGGCUCCCAUGGUCAGGAUGGUAUCCUGAACACUGAUGGGAUUGGCUCUAACUCUAACCCAUCACCAUCUGGAGAGAGAGUGCAGUCUUCUUCUGAUGAUGGCGAACGUCGUUUCAAGUGUCAGGAUUGUGGGAAAAGCUACCGCCAUGCUGGAAGCCUGGUCAACCACAAGCGCUCCCACCAGACUGGCCUCUACCAGUGCACCAUCUGCUGCAAGCAGUAUCCGCACUUGGCAGCCUUGCAUAGCCACCUCCGCAGCCACAAGGGAAGAACAUCCAACCAAUCAUCCCUCAACACUGAAGGCGACUGGCUCUCCUCGGAACCCCUUACACUUGACUCUCAGAAUAGUUAUGUGCAGGAGGGGAGUGGCGCAACCACCCCUAUCUCCCUCCCUGGAAAUCUUGGUGAUGCUGCUCACUUUGUACCUGAUGGUGGCCACAGCAGUGGUUUGGAUUCACUGGAGUUCCAUGAUCGAUUUGAUGGCUCCCUUGCCCAGAGCAACUCUGGGCACUCCCCUCUUCCACAGAACCACCGCCAGGCUGAUAGACACAUGUGCACUGACUGUGGAGAAAUGUAUGGGGACAUCUCUGGCAUCAAGUCUCACAUGUGCCCCCAACGGCGACAGAACCAGGGGAUGUCCAAUGGAUUCAUGGGGAACAUGAGUGGCUACAACAGCCCUGGAGGCGCUGCUCUCCCUUCAGGUGGAGGAAAUGUGAAAGAGAGCAAUGGACAGCGCUCUCAGUAUGGUUCUCAGUCCCAUGCCCAGGGAAGUGGAAAAAGGAUGAAUAAAGAAGAUGAAGAUGAUGGCGAGGUGUACCAGUGCUCGGUGUGUGGGAACCAUUAUGCCAGCCUCAGGGCCCUGAGGAGCCAUCUGCGCAGCCAUGCUAACAAUCCUACAGGGCCUGGGACUUCAGCACUUUCUCCUAACGGUGAGGCAGACUGGAGGAUUAUCUGCAGCACCUGUGGCCAGAGCUUCUCCAGAAAGCAAGACCUGUUAAACCACCAACUGAUUCAUGGGCCACAAAGGUCAGAUGCAGCAGCGCAGGGCAUGGUGGCAGAUCCCACCAAUACUAAUGGCAAAAUGGAUGGUGAUGGGAGGAAUCACAUUUGCGUUGACUGUGGCAUGUUCUUUGCUGAUCGCCAUCACUUGAUCACUCACCUGUGUCCUGGAAAGGGAAGAGGAGGAGUGCUGAGCAAAGAAGGAUUGAAUGGAGCUAAAGGGAUGACUGGCGGAGAUGGAGUUAGUGGCGGCGGAGUUGGAGGACCUGGAGGCAGUCGUGAUAUGGGAGGACAGGACCGUAGACAACAGAUGCCAGAUUCGGAGGAUCGACCCCACAAAUGUGACCAGUGUGGAAGGGGCUACAGGCACCCUUGCUCCCUGCUCAACCACAAGAAAUCUCACAAGACCGGAGUCUUCAGAUGCCUUGUCUGUCAGAAGCGCUACUACAACCUGCUGGCCCUCAAGAACCACCAGAGGACCCACUUUGACUUAAAAAGCAAGGCUGCCGCUGGCACAGGGAGAAGCGGUCCCCAAGUGGCACCCGAUUCCGAAACGAUGGCUUUACUUGAAUGGCACAAGUGUGAGGAGUGUGGGAAGGCUUUCAAGAUCCAGAAGCAGCUGGAAAACCACCUUCGGCUCCAUGAAGAACAUAGAGCAAAGGCUCACGCCCAGCUCGCGAAACUAGGCAAUGGAAGGUAUCAAGGAGGACCCUCUGGCAUGCAGGCCAUGAGAGGAGAAUCGUCCAAAUCCCAGAACCCUGGCAUGGGGGGAGUCAAGUAUGGACAGCAACAACAAGGCUUCAAGCAACCCUACUCAGAGGCGGGUACUUCAAGGGCUCAGAAUUUUGAUCUACAAGAAGGGGGACGACGACCCUUCGCUUGUGAUGAGUGCGGACGGAGCUAUCGUCAUGCAGGCAGCUUGGCCAACCACAAGAAUCUUCACAAAAUUGGCGAGUAUCACUGCAAUGUCUGCAACUCCACUUACCCCAACCGCCUGGCCAUGAAAAACCAUCUGCGUCUUCAUUUUGCCCUCAAGAAGCACACUUGCCAGGAAUGUGGCAAAGGAUUCCGCACCCAAAAGCAGCUGACCACCCACCACUCUGCACAGCUCUGCAAGGGGGCUGCAGGAGCUGUUGCUCAAAUGGAUUACGAGUGUGAUGGGUGCUGCGAGGGUUUCGUUACUGCUGACGAGCUGGCUGCACAUGACUGCCCUGCUCAGCAGCUCCCUUCGUCCUCUGCCUCCCUCAAUAGCUCAAGCCUCAGUAUCGAUGGGGCUGACCUUGUGCCAGAUGAACGCCCCUACAGCUGUGACAUCUGCAGCUGCUCUUACAAACAUGCCAGCAGCCUGCUGAACCACAAGCACACGCACAAGACGGGCACCUUUACCUGCACCUACUGCGACAAGCCGUACUCCAACUACAUGGCGCUUCGCAACCACAUGCGCAUCCACACGCAGAAGAAGAGGCACAUCUGCCACCACUGCGGGAAAGCGUUCCGGCUAGCCAGGUUCCUCCGCAAUCACCAGAAGGUCCAUGAGGAGGGCCACACACGC